UCUGAAUUGAACACGCAACUGGGAAACGAGAGACGGAGAGCGGCACGACCUCGGGACCCCGGAGCACCGGACCGGUUCCUGCAGUCUCACCUCGGGCCCAACAAAAGGAAGGAGCGGCGCCCGCUGGCACCAUCUGUCUACCACCCGCAAGGCCGACAACCCGCAUGACCGCACCCUGGCUACCGUUCAACGCGACCUCGCACGGCUGCACCAUGAGACCACCACUGACGCCACAGGAAGCCCGGACCAGUAGACGUUGCAUCAUCGGCAUGGUAGGAAUAACCGGGGCUAUGAUGGGUUUCUUCAUCCUGUGGGGAAUGGACUUCCAUACAGCCAUCCCGGGGAGGUCCUCCACCAUCACUCCCCCGUCUACGACGAUACAACCCUCAUCGGGACCCCCAACCCAGGGUCCACACCGCCGCAAGAGACAGACACCCCUGCAAGCCGCCAAGUCCCCCGGCGACCCCUGCCUCAACAAAUACGGUGGGCUAUCCCUAACCUAUACUUAUGGUUCCAGCGCCGCCUAUACCUUCCUCCUAUGCGACGUCGUUCCGUGCGUAGGCGGACCCGCAGCCUGGGAGAAGUACGAUGCAUACAUCUGCGAUGCUCCCAAGGGCUCCUUCACGGGAGUCCAGGGCAACGGGGUAAUGACGUCCCCGGACAACAGCCAGAGCUGGUGUCGAGGAUGGGGAAAUGUACUAUGGAUGACGGGGAGGCACCAGGGGUACUAUGUGACUAACCGCUCUCAGACUCUCCCCAGGCCGGUCGUAACGGCCGCACUACAGGCGAACGGCUUCCUCUCGGGAGGCAACGGCAGAAUCACCCUUACCCUCAGGAACAUUACCAGCAACCCGUACCAAGGCUGGGGCAAACCCACGUUAGGGUCGACCCGGGCGUGCGGGGUAAAUACGGACUCUGCCUAUCUCGUGUUCGGGGUAUCCCAGUCCGGCCCGGACACGACGGCGUUGUUAAAAAUAAAUUUCAGAAAGGCCCCCACCACACCCACCGCACCAGCCUCCAGGGCCAACGCGACAACUCCUAAACCCCCGGUCCGACCCAUAAUGACUCGCGACGGCCCGGUUACGAUUUUUGAUUUAGAUUCCGUGGGGCGGCUCCCCACCCACGAUUCCAUCGCGCUCGCGACCGGCUACGCAGACGAUAAUGCAUGGCUUAGCUGGAUUGCUGCUACUGUCCGAUUCCAGGGGCUGUCCGACUGCGUAGCCUGUGCGUCAGCUCGCCCCCAUCUAAUCUCGACCCCAGUACUGUUCGACUUUACCAGUGACCCCAUCGGUUCUCACUGCAUGUUAGCUCUGUUUGUUACCCCCAAACCGGCCGGCUGCGGCCUCCUUAGCUCUCUGUUUCCACCCGGCCUUAACGACUCGAUUCCCCCAGUGUACUCCCCUGGGGAGUACACCCACUCUUGCAUCACCAGGGUCGGUGCGGUAAAUGUUGGGGCGGUACCACCGUCGUGGUGCCACUCCAUCACGAACGUUACGCUUUGGCCCAACAUGACCGAACCGGGCCUGGGACGCCAAGACCUAUUCUGGUCCUGUGACAAAUUCACCCUUAGACUUACACUCCCGGCACAAUGGUCCGGAACCUGCAUUAUAGUGCGCCUACUUAUGCCCGUCACGCUCUUUACCCGGGGUUCGACCGGGCCCGACCAAACUACCUCUCGACACCGCCGCGACACCGCUCUCACCGACCACUUUGACCUAACCAAGAACACCCCCACGUACAUGGAUAGCAUAGGCAUUCCCCGGGGCGUUCCAAAUCAGUUUAAGUUAGCAGACCAGAUAGCCGCGGGUUUCGAGAACAUACCCCUUAUCUCUGCCAUAAUUCCAAUCACCCCCAACAAAAACGUAGAUCGCAUUAAUUACAUUCACUACAACGUCCAGCGCCUAUCCAACCUGACUCGCGACGCGGUAGAAGGCUUGGCCUCACAACUGGCCGCCACCUCUCUAAUGGCGUAUCAAAACCGUCUAGCCCUGGACAUGUUGUUGGCCGAGAAAGGGGGGGUCUGUUCGAUGUUUGGGGCUCAAUGCUCAGCCCCCCUCAUGCCCCUUCUGGAUUGCCUGGACGAGCUUCCCCUGGACGACCAGAUGGUGCCUGAAAAAUUUGACUGUGAGUAUGGCCUCCCUCGCCCUGCAACCCCUGACUUUGAGUACGAGUUCCCCUACACACUCCCAACCCUCCCCAUCGACUGUGUCCCCGCCGAGCCGGACGCCUACCCGUGA